UGUCAACAUGAUAAACCUAAAUCUGUGCUCAUCAACUUCAUUAUUACACACUAAUCCCAUCAUUGAUUUUUCGAUAAUGCCGUACGUUGAGUCUUUUUUCGGCGAGUUCUUCGAAUCGACAUAUUGUGUAAUACAACGUUAGAAGUAUGGGCAGCGUGUAUUUGUUCCAUGAAGAUUAUUUGUACAACUGUGAAAAUUGCGCUUGUAGACCAGACGGGGCAGAUGUCUGGAAGGACCAGCCGACAGUACAUGGAACUAUAUUAUAUUCUGUUAUCACACCCAUUAUUUGCUGUUUUGGAAUUUGUGGAAAUUCCAUAUCGCUGAUCGUUCUCCUGAAGAAAGAACUCACCGGAUCUGUUUAUACAUACCUAGCAGUGUUAGCAGCAAUGGACUUACUGAUGUCAAUAAGCUUAUUUUUGGGUGGCCUAAGCAGAGGGUUUCUUUUCUACAAAGGAUGGGCAACCUAUGAUGCACUGAUCGGGCUGCCAGUAUGUGGUGCCAUCGGUACCUUGAGCAUUAUGGCUACUGUUGGAGUUACCAUAGAUAGAGUAUUGUAUCUGUGGAACCCGCUUUGUUGUAAGAAGCCAAAAUUCUGUGAUCCCAAAAUAGCACGAAGAAUAAUGUUGCUUGGCUUUAUUUUAUCAAUACUUUUGAAUCUUCCAUAUUGUUUCAUAUUUUAUUGGGAUGGAACCACAUUGGCGACGACGCCAUUUUUCGAUUCCAAAUUCUAUGAGUUUUUUAAUUGGUUCAUGCUAGUAUGCUUUGUCUUUGUACCGGCGAUUAUUUUGAUAUUUGGAAACGGAUUUUUAAUCGCCUCAUUGAGAAGAGUCAAGGCGAUCACCAGCAAAGUUGGAAAACGAAAGGAUCACACUCACUUGACCAUAACCCUUAUCUCAAUCAUAGUCCUAUUCCUUAUUUCCGAAGUCCCCUCUUCCUUAGUUUGCAGAACGAGAGCCGUCAGCAUUCUAUUCUCAGGCGACCACAACAAAGCAAAAUCCACCGCCUUGGAGGUGAUCCGGCAACUAUGCACGAUAUUGGGAGCUGUCAACGUCACUGUCAACUUUUUCUUUUACUAUCUGUUUUGUCCGGCCUUUUGCAACGCCUUGGUCAAGGGCUUGAGGAACAGGACAGUGAAAAUGAAGAAAGAUAUGCACGUGAAUGUGUUUGUCGUAAAUAGCAAAGCUACAAAGCUUACCAAGGUAUUGGAUACAGAAGCGGCUCGUGAGUAUUUCGCAAAAAACGGAAAUCUAGAGACUGACUCUGAUUCCGUUGAAGUGUGUGAACAGGUCAGCAAAUGUAAUGAUAAACAAGACAGGAAAACUUGCGAUGUAUGUUUUAUUGAUUCUAGCAGGAAUGUUUAUGACUUCAUUUAUAAUUAGCAUAUCGUUGAAGUUAGUUUUGUUUCUCAAUCUAUAUAAAAUAGAAGCAAUGGAAACUUACAAGUUUGAGUGUAUUGUAUAAUAAUAGGGUAAUAAAUACGAAGUAUAAUGUCUGAAAA